AAUUUCAUCAACAUCAUCGUCUAUUUAAAACUCGGACUGAACGACAGCAUCAGCAUCUGCUUCUUCGUGCUGUCGUGCACGGACUUUGUGUGCAUUCUGUUGAUGAUAUUUUCAAGCACGGCCACGAGUUUAGCACUCUACUUUGUGGACGUCUGGAAAACCGACGGCAGCUACUUGGCCUUCCUCACGAUAUCGUUCUACGGCCCCUUCUACGACAUCUCGCAGGGGAUCACGACAUUCAUCGCCGUCCAGAAAUGCUGGUGUGUCGCGCUGCCUUUUCGCUUCAAAAACACGUUUACAAGGACGCGAACUGCCGUUAUCUUAUCUGGAAUUACGUUGGCGCUGUUUUCCAUGCACCUGCCGAUUCUGACGACGCAAGGUUUGGAGGAAACGUUGGACCCGUUCAAGAACAGAACUCUAUUUAAAUUAUGGAUACCAGAAAUUAGUAGGAAGAUGUACUCCGCUGUAGGAAUGGUAUCUUUGUUAUUUACCAACACGUGUCAGUUUACCGUCAUCUUCUGCUUGGUCGUUCUCGCUUCACGAUUACGGGCGUCAUCAAAGUUUAGGAGGGCGACAAAAAUAGCCAGUACCGACCAGAUGUCUUCGGAGCUGACAGCUCAAAAAACGAAGUUCCCCGAUCAGCAUUUGAACACAAAUUUUUCGUUUUUGUCUGACGAGAUGAGCUCAAAUAAACAAUCGAAAGAUGUUUAUAGAACAAUCACAGAAAAAACACGCUCUGGGAUGAAUACAACUUCCAAUGAAGCUAUCACUCCUGUUCCUUUCCACGUGAAGGCCAACUCUUCAAAAGAGAUAAUGGCAAUUAAGUCCACUACAUUUGUGUCCAUUCUGUUUGUUUUUUUCAACACGUUCAAACUAUUGAACUACUACGCCCUAAUCUGCAUUUCUGAUUACAGUAUAUUCGGUCGUUAUCGCAACACGUACUGGGUGACCAAUGAAAUGAGGUUGACGCUGGAAGUUCUUCACUGCUCGUGCAACAUGUUCGUCUACCUGAAGUUCAACACACGCUACAGGUCAACGUUGUUGGCCUGCUGGAGCCGCAACUGUUGA